AUGCCGAGUGCAUCCCAAACUGAAGAAAUUGAUGCAGAUGAUGCAGAUAUGUAUGAUCGGGUAGAAGACAUGAUUAAUGAUGUCGGAGCAGAGUCAUUUGAACAAGCACAUGUAAAUAAGGUUUGUGAGUCCUUGUCUGUUGAUGCAGAAAAGCCUCUCUACGGUGGUUGCAAGAACUUCUCCCGUUUGACUGCAAUUUUAAAACUAAUCAACUUGAAGGCAGCAAAUGGGUGGAGUGAUAAGAGUUUUACAGAGUUGUUGUGCUUGCUUAAGGAAAUGCUCCCCGAGGAUAAUGAGUUACCGAAAUCUAAUUAUGAUGCAAAGAAGGUUUUGUGCCCGUUAGGCUUGGGUUAUAGGAAGAUUCAUGCUUGUCCUAAUGAUUGCAUUUUGUACAGAAACGAGUACACAAGUCUUGAAGAGUGUCCGGAAUGUGGAGUUUCACGAUUCAAAAAUGAAGCUGAUGCAGAUUCAAGUACACGUGUUCAACAUACGAGACCACCUGCAAAGGGUUAUGUGAAGAACCCUCAUCGACCGGAGGCGUCUAUUGUUGAAAGAUAUGUUGCAGAAGAAGUGGUUGAAUUUUGCACUGAGUAUCUAUCACGGGCUAAAUCAGUUGGUCUUCCAAAGUCUCGCCAUGUGGGUAGAUCUCCUGGAAAAGGGACACUUGGGGGACGAAUGAAGAGUGUUGAUCGUGAAGAGUUGUUACAGGCACAUCUGUAUAUUCUAACCAAUACUCCUGAAGUUCAACCUUAUUUGGAUACGCAUAGGAGACUCAUAAAGGAGAAAAAUCCUCGAAAAGCAGAACGAUGGUUGGUGAACGAGCAUAACAAGACCUUCAUAUCGUGGUUUAAGAAUGAAGUUGCUAAUUGCCCUUCCGCUUCAAAUACAGUCUCCUGGUUAGCGGCUGGUCCUAAUUUUGAUAUCAUAUCUUGGCGUGGUUACGACAUAAAUGGAUAUUCAUUCUACACGAAAGAACGAGAUGAAAAGAGCACUAUGCAAAAUAGUGGGGUUUCAGUUGAAGCGGAAUCAAUGCAUUUCUCAAGUGCAAAAGACAAAAACCCGUUAUGUGCCUCUAGCUCUUAUUUUGGGAUUAUUGAAGAGAUAUGGGAGCUUAACUACGUUAAGUUUACUGUGCCUGUUUUCAAAUGUAAAUGGGUGGAUAGUAAUAAUGGUGUGAAAGUUGAUGAGUUAGGAUUUACUUUAGUCGAUUUUCGUAAAGUUGGAUACAAGAAUGAACCAUUUAUCAUGGCAAGUCAAGCAAAGCAAGUGUUUUAUGUCAUUGACCCGAGCAACGAAAAUUGUUCAGUUGUCCUCCAUGGGAAACGACAAGUAUCAGAUGAUGAUAAGAAUGACUUGACUAUUGAUGUUUCUGAAUUUCCUUCCACCAGAUCAAGGAUAGCUGUUGAAAAUGAAGAAGUUGAACGAAUGGAGGAUUUCAAUAGUGAUGAUGCUCACUCCGACUCUACGAACGAGUCGAAUCAUUCUCAGAAAGAUUGUCGAAAGGGCGGGCGCGGAGCAACACGAUUGCCACAUUUAAUGCUUCAAAGCGGGAAAAAGAGGAAAAUAUCAUUUGAUUGUGAUAUGCAGCCAGAUGGACCGACCAUAGAUAUCAUCACCGAUUUUAUUAGUUGUGUUGGCCUUUUAGCUCGGAGCACAGCCAGCAUUUUAGCUGAAAAUUGGAAAGAUGGUGUGCCCGACAAGAUUAAAGAGCAAAUCUGGCAAACUCUAGAGGAGAUAUUUGAGUUGCCGAAUGAUAAAAAAUUGAAAGAAUACUGGUUAAGACGUGCUGGGGAAAAUUGGAGGAGUUUUAAGACAAGCCUCAAUCGCUACAUAUCCGGGAAACAAAAGGGUCAGCUUCCAUAUAUCAAGACUUACCCGUAUCUUGAUAAAGAUACAUGGGAAGCUUUUGUUGCAUCUCGUCAAACUCCUGAAUUCUUAGAUUAUUUGGAAGAACAAUCUUCCCAGGGUAAUUUCAAACCUUCGGGUAGAAAUGAUAUUCUUGCGGAAGCAAUAGGAAAGCCAGAACAUCCUGGCCGUGUGAGGGGAGUCAGAAAGGGCGUGGGCAUUAAAGCUUUUUUUGGACGAUCAAAUCGUCCAAGUGCAGGUGCAGGAAUGGUGUCAAGGCAGGAGUUGGAUGUCAUUAUAUCUCAGGUGAAAGAAGAAGUUGCAGAGCAGGUGAAAGGUGAGGUGAUGAAGAUGAUGCAACUUGGUUCUCAGCCAGGCAUUUCACCUAGCUCUCCAGUAAUCCUGAGCACGAAAGGAAGUGGCACUCCAGCUUUGGAUGUGAGCAAAGACGGCGAGGAAUAUGAAUUGUAUCUAGAGGACCCCCAAAGGCGAUUGGUGGCAUAUGGCCAUGUCCACAAUUUGGGGUCAACCAUGCACCAUCGAAUGAUGAAGGAUGGAGACGUGCGGGUUGUGGUCUCACGGGUUAUAGUUGGUGAUGCUUUUGUGCCAUACCCGACAGAUGAGGUCACUUUCGUGAGAGAUGCUCCAAGUCAAUUCAUUGCUUGGCCUAGAAAUCUAGUUGCGAAGAAUCUAAAGCUUGUCCCGCGCAAAAAUAGAAUCUGA